AUGUCAAGAGGAAAUGUGGCAGGUCUAGGUGGUGGUAAUAGUGAAUGUGAGGAUUGUGGAAAAGGUGUUGAUGGGUGUUGUUUUGCUCAAUACAUACACUGUGAAGUGAUUCAUAGAGCUUUUGGUGGAGUCUUUGAGGCAACUAUUGUGUAUGGAGCUAAUGAUGCAGCUAUCAGAGAGGAGCUUUGGAGGGAUUUGGAGAGAAUUAGUCAAUAUGUGAAGGAAGCUUGGGUUAUAAUGGGUGAUUUUAAUUGUGUCUUAAACUUGGGGGAAAGAAUAGGCUCUGCAGUUACCUUGGAGGAAGUAGCCCCUUUUAGGAAGUGUAUUAGAAUAUGUCAAGUUCAGGACCUUCCUACUUCUGGACCUUAUUUUACAUGGUCAAAUAAGCAGGAAGGGGAGCAGAGAGUUUUUUUAAAGAUUGAUAGAGGACUUGUUAACUCUAAGUGGCUUGAUAAAUUUAGCAAUGCUUAUGCACUGUUAAUUCUAGAGAACAUAUCAUAUCAUUGUGCUUGUGUUUUGAAGCUGGACAAUACCCUUGUAGAGAAGGCUAGACCAUUCAAAUUAUGUAACAUGUGGGCCCUUGAUGAUUCCUUCUUGAACAUUGUUCAAACUGGGUGGCAGGAGAGAGUUGAGGGUGUUCCUAUGUAUAGGGUGGUGAAAAAGCUAAAGAAAUUGAAGCAGAACUUGAAAGUGUUGCAUAGAAAUAAGUUCUCUCUUGUGGAGAAUGAGGUUGAUGUAGCACUGAUACAACUUCUUGACAUCCAAAAGGGUAUUCAGAGUCAUCCACAUAAUGUAGACUUGCAUAGGGUGGAGGAGGAAGCUAGGAGUAAUUAUGAAAAUUUGAAUAAAGCCAAGAUGAGCUUUAUUAGGCAGAAAGUGAAGCAAGAGUGGAUCAAAGGAGGGGAUGAAAAUACGAGAUACUUUCAUUCAUGUUUGAGGAAAAGAAGGCUUCGGUUGCAGAUAUAUAGGAUUAAGGAUGAAUAUGGUAGAUGGCAAGAAAAUCCUAAGGAGGUGGAGGAAGCUUUUCUAAUGUACUAUAAGAGGUUGCUGGGGACUGUUAGUGAGGCUACAUGCCAUGUAAGCAAUGUAAUUAUAGAUGAAGGGCCUAGAGUGGAAGGAAGGCCUGAUGGCUAUUCAAGUGGGUUUUUUAAGAAGGCUUGGCGGCAAGUGGGAGCUGAAAUUACUCUGGCAGUAUUGGACUUCUUCCAAUUUGGCCAGCUGCUUAAGCAAAUCAACACUACAACACUUUGCUUAAUCCCUAAAGUUGAGCAACCUGAAGAAGUCAAUCAAUUCAGACCUAUUGAUUGCUGCAAUGUUAUCUACAAGAAAUUGCAAUUUCCUGACAAAUUUAGGAGCUGGAUAAUCACUUGCAUUACUACUCCAACCUUUUCACUUAGCAUUAAUGAUGAUCUUAUGUUGUUUAGUAAAGGAGAUGUUCAGUCUGUGACCUUGAUGAUUAGAGCCUUGAAAGCAUUCUCUGAUGCUUCUGGUUUACAUGCUAAUCACAUGAAGUCAACCAUAUAUUUUGGCAAUCUUCCAGAAGAGAUAAGAAGGAGGCUUUUACAAGUUACAGGGUUCCAAUUGGGUUUAUUUCCAUUUAGAUAUCUUGGAGUCCCAAUUACUCCCAAUAGAAUUUCUAUCUCUAAUUGUAAUGUUCUUAUUAAUAGAAUUCUGAAAAGAAUUAUGUGCUGGUCUUCUAGACAUCUAUCAUAUGCAGGGAGGGCUACAUUAGUCAAUGCAGUAUUAUUGACCAUCCACACUUAUUGGGCUCAAGUGUUCUUGCUUCCUCAAUAUGUUAUACAAAGAGUAACACAAAUUUGCAGAGCAUAUCUUUGGGAUGGUGAAACAUUCCUACAUAAACCACCUCUAGUUGCAUGGGAGUGGGUAUGUAGGCUCAAGAAGUGUAGUAGGCAUGGAGUUAGAGACUGUAUGGUGUGGAAUACAGCAACAAUGGGAAAGUAUAUGUGGCAAAUUGCUAAGAAGGAAGACACUCUCUGGAUAAAAUGGAUUCAUAGCAUUUACAUUCGUGAAGCUAAUUGGUGGGAUUAUACAGCACCAAGUAAUGCAAGCUAG